AUGUGCACCGGCGCCUGCAGCUGCGACCCCGCGGCUAUCCCUCUCCCCCCUUCUCGCCCCUCGUCCCCCUUCAACAAGCCCGGCACGCACCAGCGUGAGGCCGGCGAGGAUCUGGAGUUCUGGACCGACACUCGCGCUCCCAAGCGCGGCAAGAACGAGGCGACAAUCCUCGUCAACCUCGACGAGGAGUGCUGGCAGCUGGACGACGGCAAUGAUACCGUGAUGGGUUCAUCCCACACCUGUUUCAACACCGCCCGCUUCGCCAGCGACGGUGAGGACAUCAAGAUGAUCGGCGCCCUCACCGUUCACCGCGGCUGCCAGGGUCAGGAGGAGACUGUGACCAUGGGUGUUGCCCCCGGCAGCGACGCUCAGGCCGAGAACGAGGAUGAGCCCGAGGCCGCCAACGCCGUCGCCGCCCACGACGAGCAGGACUCGGAUGACGAGGCCGACGAUGUCGAGGAGGAGGAGCGCGCCGCCAGCGUCGCCACCUCCGAUGAGGACUCGGACGCCCAGGCCGACGAUGUCGAGGAGGAGGAGCGCGCGGCCGUCGCCGCCCAAGAGGAGGACUCCGACGCACAGGCCGAGCCCGAGGACGACAACAAGGAGGUCGACGACUACUCGUCGGAGGAGGAGGACACCAACGGCAAGGACGACCCCGCGGUUGACAAGGGCAACGACCCUAUCGCCGCUCUGCAGGCUCAGUUCUCUGUCCUGCAGGCCAUGAUGGGCAACCUUGCCCAGCAGCUGGCCGCCAUCACUCCUGGCUCGACGGACUCCGAUGUUUCCCAGCACCGCACCGUCACGCGCGCGACCCAUGAGAAGCAGUCCCGCGGUGGACCCUCGCAGCCAGGAGAACGAGGAAUGCCACCUUCGCCGCCGACGGCCCCGACGUCGUCAGCGCUGAAGAUCCGUCGUGGCUGCCAGGGCCAUGACAAGGUGAUUCUGGCCGUGGGUGAUGCCCCGGUCAACGACGUCGACGACGACGAGGACGACGAGAGUGUGGGUGCUGGACAGGGCAACGACCGCAUCUCUGCGCUUCAAGCCCAGGUUGCCCUCCUCGCUCAGAUGCUCGGCGAUGUGGGUGAGGAACUUGCCAACCUCAAGGUCGCCUCCACCGCCCCCGAGGUCUCCAACAAGAACCACCGCGCCGUCACUCGCGCCACUCAGGACAAGAAAGCUCGCGGUGGCCCAUCGGAGUGA